AUGUACAGCGAGUGCUUUGCCCCCUUCCUUCUAUGAAGCCCAUGUGGUAUUAUUGUAGCAAAGUGUAAUUUCUUCAGUGUUGUCACAUGAACAGGUACAAUAAAGGGGCGGACUGACAACUCAUGGGGGCCCCCGGGGAAAAGGGGAUCAUGGGGCCCCUGUGUCCUUGCCCAAACUCAAAAAAAGCCUAUGAAAAAGGUACCAGGGGCAUCUCAUGGGGCCCCCUACUGACCCCAGGCCCUUGGGCAGUGCCCGAGUUUCCAAAUGGUCAGUCCACCCCUGGU